AAGGCAUUGGAACAUUUUGCUGUGAAGACACAGAAAGAGCUAGUUCUCCACAGAGAUGAAAGAAUCAAACCUCGUAAUACAGUAGAGUGGUUGAACAUGCGAUCUUGGUGUUCAUCUCAUUACCACAUCCGUUGUCCUAAAAGAAUGUUUACGAAAAAAUCUCCUGCCCGUUUGACAGAUAUGUACAAUAAAUUAUUUGUAAAUCCUCCCAACAUUCACUCAGAUUUUGCUCGAUUAGCCCGUUUUCUCACUGGAACUUCAUAUGGACUUGUGCUAGGAGGUGGAGGAGCAAGGGGAGCAGCUCAUGUUGGAAUGAUUAAGGCUCUUAGAGAAGCUGGUAUUCCUAUUGACAUGGUUGGAGGAGUCAGUAUAGGGGCAUUUAUGGGAGCUUUGUGGUGCCAAGAAAAUGAUGUUACUACUGUAACACAAAAAGCAAGGGAAUGGUCUCAGAAAAUGAACUCUUACUGGCGUCAGAUUCUGGAUCUGACAUAUCCUGCUACAGCUAUGUUUACAGGUGCUGCUUUUAACCGUGCAAUUAUUGAAGUUUUCGGUGAAAGGCAAAUUGAAGAUCUCUGGCUGCCUUACUUUACAGUGACUACAGAUAUUACUGACAGUACUAUGAGAGUUCACACUCAUGGAUCACUGUGGCGCUACAUUAGAUCGAGUAUGUCCCUGUCUGGUUAUAUGCCACCCAUGUGCGACCCACUGGAUGGGCACUUACUCCUUGAUGGAGGUUACGUCAAUAAUCUUCCAGCUGACAUUAUGCGAGAAAUGGGUGCUGAGACUAUAAUUGCAAUUGAUGUUGGAAGCCAGGAUGAUAUUGAUAUGACAAAUUAUGGUGAUACAUUGAGUGGUUGGUGGUUGUUAUGGAAAAAAUGGAAUCCUUGGUCAUCACCUGUAAAGGUUCCAAGUCUUCAAGAGAUUCAAUCUCGAUUAGCAUACGUCAGCUGUGUAAAGCAAUUGGACCAAAUCAAACGGAGUGAUUAUUGCACAUAUAUAAGACCACCUAUUGAUAAAUACAAGACGUUACAGUUUGGAAGUUUUGAUGAAAUUAUGGAAGUUGGAUAUAACCAUGGCAAAACAUUAUUCCCUACUAUGAAAAUGGGACACAGAUCAUUGCACAAUUUGCUUCAUAAUGAAAUAAAUAAACCCUAUCAGCAGAAAGGAACCCUUAGAAAUGCUUCAUUCACUGAUUUAGCAGAAAUGGUGUGCCAAAUUAAGAGGCCGCACAAGUAUAAAGUAUACGAAGUAUCAGAUGAAGAAGAGGAUUUAUAUGAUCGAGAUGUUGGUGGAUAUACAUCAGAACCUGAUCCUAGUCUUUUGGGAGAUACAGAUAAGUGCUGAAAAUUUUCUGUAAAGCUUUUGUUCUUAUUUUGAGAAGAUCUGUAAUUGGAGCGCAUGUCUAAAAUCAGUAUUAAAGGAAAUAAAGAUUUGCUCUUUUUUUUUUUAAUUUUUAUUAAGUAUAGUCAUGUAGUGUUAAUUUUUACUUCCUUGUAUAAAGUAAAAAAAGUAUUGUAAUCACGAAAAUUUUCAACUAUCAAGUUUCCAUGGAAAUAUUCAUUCUGACCAUUCCUGAAUACAUUAACACUACUUUUUUAGUGAUGUCUAUACAUAUGGGCAUAUUCACACUUGUCAUCAAAGGACUCUUUAUUUCAAAAUGCAUUUAAAAUGGGUUUUUUUAUGACAUCUGUAGAUACAUACAUAUGUAUACUGGUCAUCAAAAUUAGGGGAUUAUGACAUAAAUAAAACAUAACUGAUACUUAAAAUUAUUCAUAGAAAUUUGUACAAAAUUAUUAGAGUAUUAGUUAAUGUAAAUUACAAUAUUUGAUAGUUGAUUAUUUCCAAAAUAUUAGAAUUAAAGAUUAAAAUUUGAAAAUGAUGAAAAAAUUUAGUCACCUCUUGUGGGGAAAAAAAUUCUUUAAUAUGGUGUAUGGUCACCUUGGACAGAUAUGCAUACCUCACAUCUUGAUUUCCUAGGCUUUACCAAAAUGCUAAUCAAAUCUUGUUGAAUUGCACCCAAUUUUCUAAAAGUGCACUUUUCAACUCCUGGAGGAUCUGAGAGGAAUUUGACAGGCUGAAAUUUGGCCCCUUAAGACAUUCCUUACAUGCUAAAACGGGUUCAAGUCGGAUGAGUAAGGUGACCAGUUCAUUCAAAUGAUAUCUUCUGUUUGCAAGUAUUCUAUGUUCGAUGAUGAUGAGCAUUGUCAUUCAUAAGCAAAAUCUCUGGGCCAACAGCACCCCUAAACAGCCUAACUAGGGUUCCAAUACCUUGUUCCACAUAUCUUUGAGCUGUGAUAGAAUCUCCUUGAAAAAAUGCAGUUUGGUGCUUGACAGCCAUUUGUCAGAAUUCCUUUCCAAACCAUUAAAUUGCAGUCAUGGAAACAGGAUGUUUCAUUGACAAAGAAAGGCAAGUUUUGUGUUCUUCCUCUCUUCAGAUCAAAAUACAUCUAGAAUUACUAUUCAGACUGUAUCUAGGCUUGUUUAUAAGCAAAACUCGGGCCCAUUCGUUUUGGCUGCAUUGAACCUGACAACGGCAGCAGUUUAAACGGGCCCCUCUGAGUGAGUGAGACACAAACCAUUGGUUUCCUCACAUAGAGGCCAACAUUCUCACAUCGAGCUCCUGUGGCAGCCUGAAGGUCUAAACCAAAUAUCUUGUAGUUGCUUCAUGGUUUCUUCGAGCCAACAAUGACAGAAACUGCCUUCUGAUGUAGUUAUUGCUCUUGAUCACCCUUGAGCAGGCUGCCUAUCAACUGGUCCAUUGCUUAAAAAGUGGCUAAAAUCUCUUGCUAUGACACUGAGGGGUAUUCUGAUUUUGGGCUACCUGCAUUUAUGUUUGAUGCCCCUCAAUUCUGCCAAUUAAUCACCACUUUUGACCUUCACUUAACUGAUGCCUUUUUGAGCCAUAACGACUGAAUACUAAUCACUCUCAGAAAUCACAUUCACUAUAAACAACACAACAGACCAGAAUUCCAGCCUGCAUCCAUUGUGCACAUCACUGUCAGUCACCAAAUUUGCAUAUUCCCAGUGCUAAUGUAUGCGUAGAAAUGCAAUUUUGUGUUCAAUUGUAUUUAACUAACAUAAAUAAUUACAGCAUUGAGCAUUGAUUGCAACAUUAAGAUAGUGAGUAUGUUUUUUUCUCAUUAUACAUUAAUGAGGUAAUUAUUUAAUGAGUUAAUAAUUAAUUUAAAGAAUUAAUGAGUUAAUAAUUAAAGGAUAAUGAGUUUUCUCAUUAUCCUUUAAAUCUAUUAUCCAGUAUAUCUUGCAUAACCUGAAAAUGAUUUGCCAUACAACGUUAAAAUUUUGUAUAUGGGACUGUUGUAACAUUUAAUUGUGCAUCUCCCUUUUUUAUUGCCAUUGGCAGUCCCAAACGUAUAUAUAUAUAUAUAUAUAUAUAUAUAUAUAUAUACAGUGCUUGACAUUAAAAAUGCAACACCAAGAAGGAGUGGUCAGAAAGUGAGGGAAUUCAGAAAAAAGACAGAGACAGCAAGCAGCAAUAAGUGAUCUUUAUUUCAAAAUGAUAGUCGAAAUACAGAGCGAGAAUGGCGUCACCUGAGAAGGAUGUAGGACCACCGUGGACAGCUAUGCAUGAAGAAGCACAUCUAGGCAUAGAGUCGAUAAGAGUGGGGAUGGUGUCCUGAGGGACAGCUCUCUAUUCCCUUUCAACCAUUUGCCACAGUUCGUCUUCUGAACGAGGCAGGGGCAGUGUCUGCAAAUGGCGUCUAAUCACAUCCCACACAUGUUCGAUUGGUGACAGGUCAGGAGAGACCAGUAGCCAGGGAAGUAUCUGUAUACCUUGCAGAGCAUGUUGGCAGAUGCGAGCACUGUGUGGUCGGGUGUUAUCCUGCUGAAAAAUUGCAUUAGGCAGCCACUGAAGGUAGGGGAUUCCCACCGGCUGCAGUACAUUAUCCAAGUAUCGUUGCGCCGUCAUAGUGCCUUGAAUACGAACUAGAGGUGACCUGGCAAUAGCGCCGCAAACCAUUAUGCCACAUUGUCACGCGGUGGGGCGUUCCACAGCUACUGCUGGGUUAGAUCUGUCUCCACAUUGAAGCCACACACAUAUGCGUUGACUGUCCCUGGAUAAACAGAAGCGUGACUCAUCUGAGAACACGAUGUUUUGCCAUUCUGUCAUCCACAUCGCUUCAGUCUGGCACCAUUCUAAACAUUGGCGUCUAUGCUGUAGGGUCAAUGGCAAUCUUCUUAACGGAUGCCGUGAGUGCAGGCCACGUUCAACCAAUCGACGGGAAAUUGUUCUGGUUAACAUGGGAACAUCCAGGGUAUCUUGCACAUGCUGCAGAAUCAUGGUACAAGUGACAUGCGGGACCGCCACAGCUUGUCGGCGAAUGCGUCAAUUUACGCGUGCUGGCGUCACUUUGGCUGCACCUGCACCCCUCCUUCUUCCCACAUUUUCUUGUUUCAACCAUGUUCGCCAUAGCCGAUGCAUCGUGCUCACAUCCAUGUGGGUAUCAGCUAUGAUUUGACAUAAUCGCCCUUCUCAGUCCGAUCACCAUACCCCUCGUAAAAUCAUCUAUCUGCUGGAAGUGCCUUCAUUGACUGCAGCCUGGCAUUCUUCCUAUUACAUGUAUUCUCCAGGGCAGAAACCAACUUUCUUCAAUAAUUCGUCUGGCAGAAAUAACAACACAAACAUUGCCCAUUGUGCAUGUUCCUUCCUUUAUAUCUUACUUCACGUGCAUCGGAGAGCUGCGCAUUUCACAUCAUUCCCAUAACUCAGUGACGUGCAUGUACUCUAAAAUUUGCAUAAAUUUCGGACCAUUCCUUCUUGGUGUUGCAUUUUCAAUGUCGAGCAGCGUAUGUAUGUGUGUGUGUAUAGCCAUCUCCUUACUUGGCUAUUAUUUUUGUAGACUUUAACUGACUAAAAUACUCAUGUUUGGGCUAAUUGAAAUUUUAAUCUUAACAAAUAAUGAAAUAUAACUUUUAAUGUGGUCUCCUAGUUCCUAUACUCAUUAUUGAAAAAUAAAAAUUCAAGAAGUUUUACUUCCUUAUGACAGAAAUUGCCUGAGCACUUUUUGAUGUCAUUCUCAACUUGCCUUGUGAAAUCAGUUAUCUAAUUUAGAAUUUGAAGAAAUAAGUUUAAAUGAAGUUCAUCAUUUAUUACACAUUUUCAAAGUGUAUAAUUUAAUAGGCUUUUUAAGGAAGUCUUGGUGCUAACAUCAGACUAUUUUCAUACGUCAAAUAAAACAAGCUGUGACUUACAUUAUGUGCAUGAGUGAAAGGUAGAAAACAAGUAACUGAUUUCUUAUUUUAAGUGUUUUCAAUGAGUAAAUAAAUUAUGAGUUGAAAGAUUGCAAAAGGAUAAUGAUCAAACACUACCUGUUUUGCUUGCAGUUAAUGUUGAAAUUUAAAAAAUUUCCUUUUUAUGAUAGAUUGUAAUAAAAGUGAGUAUAAUAUUACGUUACUAUUUAUUCUGUUAUCGAGUUGCGUGUCAAAUUCAGAAUCUUUUUAUACAUCUCUAUGUAUUUUUGAAUAAAUUGAUACAAUAUUGUAGCUGAUUAUUUUCGUCAUAUAUAGUUAUAUUGAUUUAAUAUGAUUCCGUUAAUCUAUGUAUGAAGGAGAUAAUUUCUAAUUAAUAUUUGAUAAUGGAUUAAUUUUUCACAUGCUGUUGUAAUUUUAAUAUAUAACAACAUCAUUUUUUUUUUUUUUUUUUUUUUUUAACUUUAAAGGAAGAUGAUGCUGAAGAAGAUUUUACUUCCUCGCAACAUGAUAAUGUAGGGUCAUUAUCUGAUGUUGAAUAUUCAACAGAGAGGGAUUUAUGAUUUGAACUCUAUUAUAGAUAAUUUAUUAAUUUAUGCUUGUUUCAUAUAUUGUAAAUAUUUGAAUUUUUAGAUAUGUUUUUGAGAUAUAUAUAUAUGUAUUUAUCUGUGUAAGUAUUCUGAUUGUACAGUUAAAAAAGGUAUUAUGUAUUAAUUCAAAUGCAGCCCAAAAAUAAAUCUCUUGUAUAUGAUAUCAGAAAGAAUAUAUAUUUAUUUCCAUUUAUUUUUUUGUCAAUAAAGCUUUGUAAAAAAAAUUGAA